AAUAUCAUGGAUUCCCUACGUGAACAAGUUAUGAUAAAUCAAUUUGUGUUAGCAGCUGGUUGCGCCCGUGAACAAGCGAAAUCGUCAUUACAAGCUGCUCAAUGGCAAUUUGAGACUGCCUUAUCAAUAUUUUUUCAAGAAGUUGCAAUACCACCAGGUGCAAAUGGUGCUGCGCAGCAUUAUCAGCAACUUAUGACGCCCUGUAAUACACCUGCAACACCUCCAAACUUUCCCGAUGCACUGGCUGCAUUUUCACGUCUCUCCACUACUGGAAGUCCGAACAAUGUUAGCGGAGGUGUCAAUGGCAUGGCUCCUCCGGUCUCGCCCCUUGCUACCCACCCUCCACCUCAACAUCAACAACAGAUGAUGCAGAUGCAGACAAACUCGUUUGCCGGCCCUUCCAAUCCACAGAAUAAUUACUCACCUCUAUCAUGCUCCACAGCUAUUCGCAGAGAACAAAUGCCAAGAUAAAUAGAAAAUUUAGGUUAGGUACAUCUAUAAUUUAUUUUUUUAAUGGUGCGCAUGGUGAACUGUGGACUUGUGUGUAAUUGGUGUCAUCCACUGAGCUACAGUUUCAACAUAUUAUUAUAAACUUUUUCUCUGUUCAUAGUGGUUACUAAUACUAUUAAUGCACUAUAGAAUUAUGUUACAGUUUUGAUAACCUAUAGGAGUCUGUAACUGUGAUUAUAAUGUUUGGUAUCAUUAUUUACAUGUAUAAAAUUAUGAAUGUGGUUGUAUAGUAAUGAAAUAUUUCGUUUUAUUUUAAAGAUUUAUCACUAUUCAUAAUUACUUUACAUUUUUUGUAGGCUAGAUAUUAUAAAAAUAAAGUUUUCGAUUUACAUUGUUGUAUUCUAACAAAUUAAAUCUAUACAGCUUUUCUUGAAGACAAUAUCAAGUAAUCAGUGACUUGUUUUGAAGAAUUAUUCAUUGUAAUUUUUGCAAAUCAAUUAAAUAUUGUAAUUUUGA